GGGUCUAAGCCUAGGCUUCAUUCUUUCUUCCACUGAGUUCAAGCAAACCGGGCCUGUUCUGUUCAUCAUCACCCUCAUGUUAAUACUCCUACUUUGCGUUUUUUAGAUAGUCAUUUCUGUUCUCAUUUCAUACACAGACACAGACUCUCCCUUACCUUAAUGGAGAGAGAGAGACCGACAAACACAGUAGGACUCGGACAGACGUGUUUGGGGCUUCGUGCUUCGAUGAGGCUUGCUAACUAGUCACUUCUCUCUAAACAAGUCACAUUAAUACCAACAUCUCUACAUGUGUAGAUGUGGGGAGGGAUGUUUGGGUCAGUGUGCUAAUGAGGCUACUGCCUACUUGUCGUGGUGUGGUGGUGGAGUGUUAUGUGUAUUUCUAGGGAGACGAGCUGAACACGCUCUUGCUUCCCCAACGGAACAACAACCUCACAGCCCAAACUACCCAACGUUGUCUCUACACUACACGGUUGUUUGCGUGUGAAAAGCUCUCUUACUGUUUUUGGUUUGUCUUGCUUCUCUAUUCUUCUUCUCCCGUCCUUCUACACUGUCACGAAGGGGAUAUAUAAAAUAAAGGAAGGAGAGAAUCUGAUUGAUUACAAACAAAACCCAAAGCGGGUGAAGAGGAGAAGAGAUAGCUUUAUCUCCUUUCACUUUUUCUUUCUCCGUGGAUUAUAACUAGUUUUUAUUUGUCUGGGUUAGUAGGUGAGCUUUGUCUUGGACUGUUAAAUUAAAUGUGCUGCUUUGGGUUUCUCUGAUUCUUUCUCUUUCUGAUCUGAGAUGAUAAACAACUAAACAAGCGUUUUCUUAUGGUGCCUCUCCAAAGCUGUAUAUUUCAUGCUUUUGGAAUGUGGCUGUUGAUGUUUUGGAGCUUUUGUUGAGUACAGGGUGCCUUUUUCCAUCUGGGUUUCUUCUGUUUUCUUUUCUUUUCUGGUCAAAAAAGAUUAGGAAAUGGAGGGAUGUACAAGGAACGGAAUGGUCUGUCCGAAGUUGCUUGACUUGAUUCCUAACGAAGGAGAGUGGGUAGUGAGAAGAGAUGAGGGAAGUAUUGGGGUUUCAGAGGAUAAAAAGCUAGAGCUGAGGCUUGGACCACCUGGAGAAGACUGGUUUAUCAAAGGUAGUAGCAAGAACAACGGUAACGAUAACGAUACGUCGCUUCUCUCUCUUGGCUGCUUUCCAUCUUCCAUGAUCAACAGCAACAACAGUAGCAACAGCAGCAACAACAACAACAAUAACGCUUCUCAUGGUUCGAAGAGAGGUUUUCUGGAUACGGUUGAAGCAAACGCAGAAGAAGCUUGGGUGCUGAACAACGGGAACCCCCUUUCCUCCUCAGAAAAAUCAACUGGCACUCUUUUUUCUUCUCCAUGGUCUUCUAAUUCAUCACCCUGUCUAUCUCCUAAGGCUUUCCAGAUGAAGACCCAGCAGCAACAACAUCAAUCAAGGCCUUCAUUUCUUCAACUUUCGUCGAUUCCGCAGAGCAUGCCUGCUAUGCCAAAGGAAUCCUCACAGACCUGUAGCACAAAGGUGGAGUUGCAGAACUCAGAGCAGAAGGCAUGUUCUCCAGCUUCUGCAAAUACAGCUGUUCCCAACAGCUCUCAGAAAAGAACUGCUCCUGCUCCGGUUGUGGGGUGGCCACCAAUUCGUUCAUUCAGGAAGAAUCUUGCAAGCAGUAGCUCUUCAAAACCAGCUCCCGAGUCUUAUAAAGUUGGAGCAGAUGAGGUGACCCCCGGGAAGCCGGAAGACUGCAGGAAGAAUUUGUUUGUGAAGAUAAACAUGGACGGAGUCCCCAUUGGAAGAAAAGUGGACCUUAAAUCCUAUGGCUGCUACGAAAAGCUCUCCUCUGCGGUAGAUGAACUCUUCAGAGGUCUUCUAGCAGCUCAAAGAGAUUGUUCGGCUUCUGGAAAUCAUAACAAGACAGAAGAGGUUAAGGCAAUAACAGGAUUAUUAGAUGGAAGUGGGGAAUAUACUCUUGUUUACGAAGAUAAUGAAGGAGACAGGAUGCUGGUUGGAGAUGUCCCAUGGCACAUGUUUGUGUCGACGGUGAAGAGACUGCGUGUGUUAAAGAGCUCUGAACUGCCUGCUUUACACAUUGGUAGCACCAAGCAAGAAAAGACACCACUUGACUCUGGAGUGAGAUGAAGAAAGUGGAAGAUGGAUAAAUUUUUCUCUGGUAGAAUCUCCAGUACAGGAUACCUGAUUUGAGUUUUGAAUUUGCCCUCUUUCUUUCGGUUUUUUGUUUUGGGUUUCUUCUUUCUUUCUUUCUUUGUUUUUGGGUGGGCGGGGGGGUGUCCUUUCCUGUUUUCAGAAAUUGUUGUUUGCAAGUUUGAUGCUUUUGUAUUUUCUGGGACUGGGAGGAAUGGACUUUUUUUGCUUUUUCUCCUCUUUUGCUACUGCACUACUGUUGGCAUUUGUAGAAAGAAAACGGAAAUCGAUGGGUUCGAAUGUAUUCGAAGGAAAAGCAUUCAAGUGUUUGGAACUAACUUACGGAUCCUUUGUUCCUUUCCGUAAUGGCAUAAUUCAUACUCGUCUCCUUUUAAAGUUU